AUGCACUCGGUGGUGACCAACUUUGGCCCACUUUGCGAGUGGAACGUCAAGACGUGGUUUCCGCCCAUUGCACUUGCCAUUCGCUAUCUUCAUCACAGCAAAAUCGCCCACCUGAACCUCUCUCUCAACAGUAUUCUUCUGGAUGAGCACUACAAUCCUUAUGUAACCGAUUACGCGCGUAUCGGGGAACUUGCCAGCGGUGGUCCUGUUGCCCUUCCUAAAGCUUACAGUUCUCCGCAGAUGCUGCAAAAGAGUCCCUUUAAUCGCUUCAAGCAGGAUGUCUGGAGUUUAGGCGCGGUCUUCUUCACAAUGCUCAACAAAGAGGAGCCUUUCAGUGAGAGUGACACUGACGAGAAUGUCUACGCAAAGAUGCUUGCCAAGUCUUUUCAGCUGACGCCUCACGUUGAAGCAAAAGUGAGUUCGACUGCAAAAGAACUAAUUCAAGAGACGCUGGAACCGGAUGAAGAAAAGCGCGCUUCUUCUGAGACUCUUUGCAAACACUUGUGGAUGCCGGCUGUUUUUGGCGAAGCCCAAAUGGUCAUAACACAAAUGGAGAACGAGUAUCGAGAGGAGGCGUUCAAGAAGAUUGCCCAACCCGCCUCUGAUCAGCCGCCACAAAAGCAGUAG